CGACUUCCCUUCCACUAUUCUUGCCACUACUUCGCUCUAGUCGCCUUUCAUACAGCCCUACGUAUAUUUUAGCAUAGACAAAAACAGUCACGAUGGCUCAAGUAUUGCACCAAGUGGCUGACAAGGUAGUCAACUCGACUGUCGGUGAUGCUAAGGCCCGUCAGAUGGAGUCUUUCACUAUACACCAAGACAGCACGACUCCAUUGACAACUUACUUUGGAACAAAAGUCUCUGACACAGACAAAGCCCUUCGAGCUGGUGCUCGAGGACCGACUGUCCUAGAGGAUUUCCACAAUCGGGAAAAGAUCAGUCAUUUCGACCAUGAGCGAAUUCCGGAACGAGUUGUUCACGCCCGCGGGGCUUCUGCGUUUGGAGAGUUCAAACUCCAUAUCCCCUUGACGGGAAUCACUAGCGCCAAGAUCUUCCUAGACACGGGAAAAACCACUCCCGCCUAUGUACGAUUCUCCACCGUGGGUGGAUCUCGUGGAAGUGCAGACACCGUGCGGGAUCCUCGUGGAUUCGCUUCGAGAUUAUACACCGAUGAAGGUAAUUGGGAUUUGGUUGGUAACGACAUGCCUGUGUUUUUCAUUCAGGACGCUAUAAAGUUCCCCGAUCUCGUUCACGCCCUCAAGCCUGAGCCGCACAAUGAAAUUCCUCAGGCCCAGACUGCUCACGACAACGCUUGGGACUUUUUAUCCUUGCACCCGCAAUCCACCCAUAUGCAGCAAUGGAUUCUGUCAGAUCGUGGUAUUCCACGGUCAUUCCGUAUGAUGCAAGGAUUUGGAGUUCACACCUUUCGUCUGAUCAACGCGGAGGGCAGGAGCACUUUUGUCAAAUACCAUUGGACACCACAUCUUGGCACUCACUCCCUCGUAUGGGAUGAGGCACUGAAGCUUAAUGGACAAGACCCAGACUUCCAUCGUCGGGACUUGUGGGAUGCCAUCGAGGCGGGCGCGUACCCUAAGUGGGAGCUUGGAGUGCAACUGGUCGCCGAGGAAGAUGAGCACAAGUUCGAUUUCGACCUACUUGACGCUACCAAAAUUAUCCCCGAAGAUCUGGUACCCGUCAAAAACAUUGGUACAUUGACGUUGAACCGCAAUCCCGUCGAUUACUUUACCGAAGUCGAGCAAGUUGCUUUCUGCACUCAGCACAUCGUACCCGGUAUGGACUUCUCUAGUGAUCCUCUCCUGGCUGGUCGUAAUUUCUCCUAUCAAGACACUCAGAUCACUCGUCUCGGCAUCAACUUUGGUGAUAUACCAGUUAACCGACCCGUCUGUCCAUUCGCCACGAAUCAACGUGAUGGCAAGCCGAACAUGUUCAGCAAGUCAAACCGCAUGGCAUAUCACCCCAACCGUCAUGACGUUCUUCCUUUGACCGCACCCGCCGAAGGCGGCUUUGCCCCGUAUCCGGAAAAAGUCUCCGGUGUCAAAGAGCGUGCACACGGUCCAAAGUUCAACGAGUUUGUCAGUCAAGCUCAGUUGUUCUACAAUUCAAUGAGUGAAGUCGAGAAGAAACAUAUCAUUGCGGCCGCGCAAUUCGAGCUCUCCAAAUGUUUCGAGACGGUCGUACAACAGAGCGCUAUCGAACGAUUUAACCUUGUUGAUCACGAUUUCGCCUUGCAAGUAGCCGAAGCUUUGCAAGAUGUCAAGGUCCCUGAUGCGGUCCCCAAUCAUGGAAAGAGGUCGGAAUAUCUCAGUCAGGUUACUGGAAAGUCUCAAGUAUUCACCGCCGAAGGUCGUAAAGUGGGUAUCUACUGCGUACCAGGUUUCGACUAUUCGCAAGCUGCACCUCUCAAGACGGAGUUGGAGGCUGCCGGGGUGAUGGCGAAGAUAGUCAGCGUGGCUUCCGGCGCCGUCAAGGCGUCAGGAGGGGAGACAUUGACUGCCGAGUUUACUUUCGAAAACUCACGUUCGACACAUUUCGACGCGAUCAUUUUCGUUGGUGGGCCGGACGAAGCUUUUGCCAAGAAAUUCAAGCAAGGUCGAUUGAUUCACGCGGUUCGAGAGGCGUACAUGCACUUCAAAACGAUUGGUGCUACAGGCAACGCCGUUCCGUUCGUCACGGAUCUCUGUCUACCUGGAGAUUUUUCAACGGGUGUCAAGGGUGCGAGCGAUGUGGUGCAGGAGAAUGGUGUGGUGUUUGCCAAUUCGCUUGGGACGGGUGUUGAGUUUUCGAAGAAGUUCCUCGAUGGUGUCGCAAGACACCGUUAUUGGGAUCGGGAUGUGUCACAUAUCGCUGCGUGAUUGUCGUUUGCGUCAAGUGUGCGUAAAUGGAAAGAUCUAGUCAAAAAUUACAAUUCACGUAGUAGUUUAUCACAUGCAUGUAUUUUUGUCCUC